AUGCCUAUAGUCAAGGUCAGCGACAGAGAAAAAAUACGACUGUUGAAAAUAGUGAACCAUCAGAAACCUUUGAAAUGUGCGUUUAGAUCGUGGGAGUUGUGUGAAUACCCAUUUCUCCCUCAAAACACAUCGCACUCGUGGAAAGUAAAAACAUCCAAUAAAUUGGAAAAACCACGAUAUGCUAUUAUCGGAUUUCAGACCGAUAGGAAAAACAGUAUGAAUAAAGCAAUGUCAUAUUUCGAUCAUUGUAAAAUCAAAAACUUGAAGGUUUAUUUGAAUUCCGAGGUAUUCCCAUACGAAGAUUUCCAAAGCGACUUUACUAAGAACAAGAUGGCUACAUUAUACCGCGCAUAUGCCGAGUUCCAGAAAUCCUACUACGGUCGUGAAAAUGUUACACCUCUAUUGACUCGAUCGGAUUUCAAAAAACUAUCACCGAUUAUAGUUGUGGAUAUGAGCAGACAGAACGAUAAUGUAAAAACUUCGACUGUUGAUCUCAGGAUUGAGAUCGAUACCGAAGAAGCGUUUCCAGCCUCCACCUCAGCAUAUUGCUUAAUAUUACAUGACCAGAUUAUAACUUAUAAUCCAUUUAAUGGUGAAGUAAGAACAAUGUAA